UCUCUAUGGUUAUACCCUCCUUUCCCCUUUCCCCCGCCCCUCCUAUCCGGCGAGUGCGCAAGCGCACGCCGCCUGACGCAAGGGCGGAAGUGGGCGGGAGGGCGGCGCCGAAGUAGGCGCAUGCGCGCGGCCGCCUUCUUUUUCUCUCUUUCCCCCUCGUUGCUGCCGCCAUGGCGCCUGCGGUGAGUCUCUGGCCGAGUCGGGCCUAGAAAGGGAGGUCCAGGGUGGCGGGGUGAAGCCCGUGACGUAUUAAGGAAGCGGAGGGGGGUUGUUGGCGGUGACGUCAUAAGGAGCAGGGAGGGGAGGGAGUCUACCUGGCGGGGGGGAGGGUUCCCCCUGCCCCUUCCUCCCUGCAAGGUAGGCCUCAGCCUCUCCUCCCACCCCAUGAAGCGCAUUUCUGACUUCCCUGGACCCGCACCCGUUUUGCUUUCCGGGGUAGGCUCCCCAUGUCCCCCCUGAGCAUGUGCAGAGAGCAGCUGAGCUCUUGGAUCUGGCUCCAGAAGGACAGCGCAGGAAGCGAGGCCUACCCAUAAGAGCUGCUGGAUCAGGCCAAAGGGGGCCCCAUCCAGCCCAGCCUCUUGUUCUCACAGUGGCCAACUAGGUGCCCCAAAGGGAACCCCCCUCCCAAGCAGCACGUGAGAGCAACAGCCUUCUCCCACUCCUACUCUCUUGCAUUCUAAGGUAGAUUGCACUGUCUAUGGAGGCUCCAUUGACAAAUCUUACAAAACUGAGAAGAGCCCUGCAGCCCCUGGAACGGGCCAAAAGGGACCCACCUAGUCCAGCCCCGUUCUCACAGUGCGCAUCAGGCAUAGGCAAACUGCGGCCUUCCAGAUGUUUGGGACUACAAUUCCCAUCUUCCCUGACCACUGGUCCUGUUAGCUAGGGAUGAUGGGAAUUGUAGUUCCAAACAUCUGGAGGGCCGGAGUUUGCCUAUGCCUGGUGCACAUCCUCCUCCUCACAGCCCUGCACCCUUUAUAUCAGAGACCCCUUUUAUCUCUCCGUUUAUCUCAGAGGCUUCAACUGGGGUGUCUCAAGGGUUGCCUUUUGGACUCCCAACUCCCAUUGCCCAUGCUGGCUGUGACUGAUAGGAGCUGGAGGCUGAACAUCACCUGAAGGACCAUAGGUUUACUACAAACCAUCAAUAAUUUACUGCAGGUGUAGCCAACAUGAGACAUUCAGAUUUUGCUGGACCAUAGCACACACACAAAUUUAUUGUGGUCCAUAGACCCAAAAUAUGCAGUGCAGAGGCUGCUGAACAACUAUAGCUUUCAUCGUCCCUGACCAUUGAGCAUGCUAAGUGGAGCUGAUGGGAGUUAAGAGUCCCAACAGUAUCUGGUGUGUGUGUGUGUGUGUGGCCCUCCUUGCCAUUGAUUUACACAUAAGAAUUUGGGGGGGAGAAUAGUCUCUCUAAAGGUUUGUGGCCUGCCGCUUUAUGUACAGUCCACACCUCACCCAGUGUGAUUGUCUGUGAAGCCAGGUCACAUUAUAUAUAGAACAUGUGUUCGGGCAUACAUGUUGUGCAGCUCUGAUUGUUGGCAGUCCCGAUUCACCAGUGUCCGCUUUACAACUUGUACGGGCCACCACUUUGUGGCUGCGUUGGGUAUGAAAUUGAAAAAUCUGCCUGUGAGAUGGGGACCAACACCAACUUGCAGUGUCCCCAGUAACAUUGGCCUAUAUCCAACACUCUGUAAAGUCACAGAAUUCAGUGUGCUUAAGCUUGCCUGUGUUGGAUUUAGACCAUUAAUUCCCCCACCCACCCACCCCAUAUGACCAGGUGACACUUAUACAGUGGACGCUCGGGUUGCGAACGUGAUCUGUGUGGGAUGCACGUUCGCAACCCGCAGCGUUCACAACCCGCAGCGGCGCGUCAGCGCACGCGCAGGUUGUGAUUUGGCAUGCACGCACAAAGCGCAAUUUAGCGCUUCUGCGCAUGUGCGACCACCGAAAGCCACAAGUAACCCGUUCCAGUACUUCUGGGUUUCGGUGAUCCAUAAUCCAAAAAAACGCAACCUGAAGCGUCUGUAACCCAAUGUAUGACCAUAAGAAAAAAUGUAUAGAGUGGGCAGAAUGCUGAACCUGCUGUAUAAUCCUAACCACAAUAUUUAAGCUAUAGCUUUGUCUUUUGUUCCAAUUCUUGGUUGCAAUAAGAGCUAUUUUAAACUCUGUCUCUCAGGUUGCUGUGUUUAUUAUUAUUAUUAUUAUUAUUAUUAUUAUUAUUUCUUCUGUACUACUUUUCUAUCGGAACAGUCAAAGCAGUCAGUAAGAAAACAAAAAAACCACACCAUAUCAAAUUUAAAGCUGAAACAGUAAAUCUAAUGAAGCAAUAUGAAAAGAUGGCAUACCUUCAUAUUUUCACAUCAACUCCUCAAGAAAUUGACUGACAGGGGGGUCAGACUAAAGGCACACUAUAUUUUCGGCCACAAGUUAUUUAUUUCCUAAGAUUUAGACACUUUUCAUUGUAGAAAACCUCAAAGUUCUUUGUAAGAAGAAUAAAGCAAUAACAUUAUUGGUUAAAAAAACAACAAUUAAAAACAAUAAUUUGAAACAUUCAAAUCAGCAGUAAACUAAAAACAAAUUAAAAAAACACAUCAACAUUCUAGAUAUCAGGGUAAGCUUGGCUAAACAAAAAUAUUUUUAGCAGACACUGAAAAGUAUACAGUGAAGGUGCCUGCCCAAUGUCAGUAGGCAGGGAGUUCCAAAGUGCAGGUGCUGCCACGUAACAAAAAUGAUUUUUUACAAAUGCAGAACAGGUAAUGGGGUAGCUGUAACAGUGCCUGUUUUGCAGAUUGAAGUGGUCAAGCAGGCACAUAUGGGGUAAGGAGUUCUUGCAGGUAAACUGGUUCCAAAGUUGUCAAGGGCUUUACAGUUGUACUUUGAUUUUCAAACGUUUGGGCUCCCGAACACCGCAAACCCAGAAGUGACUGUUCCGGUUUGCGAACUAUUUUUGGAAGCUGAACGUCCGAUGGGGCUUCCGCAUCUUCUGAUUGGCUGCAGGAGCUUCCUGCAGCCAAUCAGAAGCCGCGAUUCGGUCUUUGAACGUUUUGGAAGUCAAAUGAACUUCCGGAAGGGAUUCCGUUCGACCUCCAAGGUACGACUGUAUGCUUGUACAGUAACACCUUGAACUUGCAAAUCUCUGAGCACAGCUGUUUUAUGUGGACAAAGUCACACCUCUCAGCAAUUGUGCUACAGCAUUCUGCACUAAUUGCAGCUUCUGGAUCAAACCCAAGGGAAGCCCCAAACCAUGGCAGAGUUUGUGCCAGAUGUGAUCUAUAGUAUACAAGAUUAGUAUGUGCACAUACUUGUCUUUUUUUUUUCUUUUCCUUUAUGUUACUGAGCUAGGUUACUGGAGCACUAGGGAAGACCUGACUGUCCAGCUAUCUAGGGCUAGAUCACUGCUUAGUUGCUUAUAGUCCACCAAACUGGUUAGGUUUGUUCACACACAUAGCAGUGUUAGUGGUUGCAUCCAAUUAAGUCCUAGGCUCCGUCUGUACUAUACAUUUAAAGCUGUCUCAUACCACUUUAUGCAGCCCUGGCUUCCCUCAAAGAACCUUGGGAACUGUAGUUUGUUAAGGGUGUGAAGAGUUGUUAGGCGGCCCUCCUCCCAAGGCCUGUCACGGAGCUAUAAUUUCCAGAGUGGUUUAACAGUCAGUCCCUCUUCCCAGAUAACUAUGAAUUGUAGCUCCGUAAGGAGAAUAGGGGUGUCUCCUAAUAACUCUCAGCAGCCUUAAGUCCCCAGGAUUCUUUGGGGGAAGCUAUGACUGUGUAUGUGGGUUAAACCACAGAGCCUAGGGCUUGCUGAUCAGAAGGUCGGCGGUUUGAAUCCCCGCGACGGGGUGAGCUCCUGUUGCUCGGUCCCUGCUCCUGCCAACCUAGCAGCUCGAAAGCACGUCAGAGUGCAAGUAGAUAAAUAGGUACCACUCCAGCGUGAAGGUAAACGGCAUUUCCAUGCACUCCUCUGGUUCGCCAGAAGCGGCGUAGUCAUGUUGGUCACACGAUCCGGAAGCUGUACGCCGGCUCCCUCGGCCAAUAAAGCGAGAUGAGCGCUGCAGCCCCAGAGUCGGCCCUUUACCUUUACCUAUCACUGUUUAGAAAGUGGACCUGCAUUAGUAAUGUCUCUUAAUUUCAGUGGGUCUGCUCUGAGUAGGAUCAGCAUUGAUUACAGCCCAAGUUCAUUUAUAUUAUUCAGUGUAUUAGUGGUCUGGUGGUGUGUUUGUGUUUUGACAUUCUUUUCUAGCAAAAUCUGAAAAAGGUGCCAGCUUCCUACAAAGCUUGAUUGCCUGGAAUCGCUUCUGGCUCUCUGUAGACAACCAGAUAAGGGGGCAGUUAGCAUCAUCUGCUUGUGGUCCUGCUAGCUUGCAAGCAGAUAGCUAGGCCAGCAUGGAUUAAGGGGAAAUAGCCACUUACUGGUGUUUGUCCCCAGUGCUUGAUAGUCAACAUGCCACCUCUCACUUCCCUUCUUUGCUGUCAUGGCUGAGGGCGAAUGACAAACUUCUUUUCCAGAAUUCUGCGAGGUGGAUUAGCCUGAGCUCCUCUAAGCCCAGUGAGCAACAUCACUCCCCUUCUGGACUCUCCUCAGGAGGCUUCCAGUCAGCCAGAGUUAGGAAGAAUUAAAGCAUGGGAUAGCAGCAGAUAAAGCAAUAAGAAGAAACCUACUAGGAGUAAAUAAAAGUUGGCUCUGGGGCAGCUUGACAAUCUUGGGGGGGGAAAGGGAUUUUAGGAAGGACUUCUAAAAACAUGGUUUUCGGCUUCAGAAGCAGAAUCGUCACCACGAAAGGCAUUGUAGGGGCAGAAGAUUUGGAUUGGGGAGAGCAAGAAAGAUUGGGAGAAAAUCUGAGAGGAGGUGCAGCUGGUUGUAGAGCCCUGUGUUUAAGGACGAGGAACUUCUAGAUUGGCUGAGAGAAGUAGCAAGGAGCCAGCACAAAGAUUCAACAGGUGUGAGACAAAAUCAGGGUGUUGGGUGGGGGGGAAAAGGGUUUGGGAAAACAUGUGAUGUUGUGCAAUUUCUUCUCUAUGUGGGGCUCACCUGAUGUUGCAAAGAGGAUGUCUGCUUUUGCAGUAUAUAGAAAGUUAUAUACUGCAUUUCAAGUAUAGGAAAAUAGCUAAAGCGGUUUUCAGCAUAUUAAAAUAAUAGAAGAGCCCUUAAAAUUUCCUCUCUGGUGCAUGUGCCCGGAUUUCUUGAACAAUAGUAACCUCUCUUUCUCUCUCUCCUGCAGAAAAAGCUUGUGACGAAGGGUGGCAAAAAAAAGAAGCAGGUUCUGAAGUUCACUCUAGACUGUACCCAUCCAGUAGAAGAUGGCAUCAUGGAUGCUGCCAACUUUGUAAGUUCCCAGCCCUUGGAGGCAUUGACCACCUCUGGAAUCCCAUUAACUGCCUGCACUUGCUACUCUGAGAAACCAGGCACAUCUCCCACACAGAUUGCAAAUAGAAGAUCUGGUUGCUUUGCUGCCAUCUUUGGAAAUGGGAGGCACUUCUAUCUUGGUCAGGGCUUCUGUUUCGGAGUGUGCUUUUGACAGGCAGGAUAUGCCUUGUGCUGUCGAAAGGCUGCUUGCAAAUACACUGCUAACUGGAGCACCUGCUGUUCUCUCUGAUCUCUCCAGCUAGCAUGGAGGACAAGGCUAUCGACGGCUGCUAGCCGUGAUGGCUGUGCUGUGCCUCCAGAGUCGGAGGCAGUAACGCUUGUGAAGUGCUCUUGUGGCUGGGAACCGAAGGAGGGGAGAGUGCUCUUCUGCUCUGCUCUUUCUUACUGUUUUCCCACUGGGGCAUCUGAUUGGCCGUGGUGAGAACAGGAGGCUGGACCAAAUGGGCCACUGGCCUGAUCCAGCAAGCUCUUUUCAUGUCUGUGCUGCAUACAUUUGGUUGCAACUGGUUUUGGAUCCUGCAGGAGGUUAUUGUUGGUUCAGGGUGGGGAACCUGGUACCCUCCAGAGAAUGUUGGAUUCCAGCUCCCAUCAGCCAUAGCCAGUGUGGCCAGAUUGGUCAGGGAUGAUGGGACUUGUAGUCCAAUGGCCUCAGCAGGGUCACCAGUUCCUUAUUCUUGCUUUGGUCGUGUUUUGGAACAGCCUGGUUUGGAGUGGGCAUAUCUUGGAGCUCUGUGUAUGUAUCUGAAGUUUGUGUGGCAAAGCCUGAUGCCUGUUUGCUUGUGGCACUGCCAUUUUGCUGCAGUGCAUACAUUCAGCUCUGAACAAAGCAACUAGGUAUGUGCUUGCACUAAUGCUUUGUCUCAGUCAGACUGCUGGGCCAUCCAUCUCAGUGCUUUCCACCCUGACUGGCAGCAGCACUCCAGGGCUUCAGAUGAGGACUCUUCUCAGAGUAUCACCAGUACAGUAGUUUGGAUACCCCAGCGGGCUGUCCCUUUUCCUUGUUGGUUGUGCAUUCUUUCAAAGGCUUCUAUGUAUCGUAAAUCCUUUCUUGCUUCUGCCAUUGUCUGUAUUAUACAUGCAGAUUUAUUCAAAUGUAAAUUUAUUAAUCACUCGUGGGGGAAAAGGAAUCACCUUAGGCAGAGGUGAGGAGCCUGUGACCCUCCAGUUCUGGGGUCAGCAAACUUACCGCGCCUCGGGCCGGUGUCUCCAGCACUGAUCGCGCGGUGGGCAGGGGAGCGCGUGCCCAUACGCUAUUUCCGGCGCACUUCCGGGUCGGAGGAGCACCGGAAAUAGCUUGUGCGCAUGUGCGCGGGCCUCCUCCAACCCAGAUGUGCACCGGAAAUAAUGCUUGCGCAUAUGCAAAUAACGCUUACGCAUGCGCACAAGCUAUUUCUGGUGCUCCUCUGACCUGGAGGUGGGCAGCCGCGCAGCACAGCGGCGGUAAGAGCGGUAGUGGGUGGCAGGGGUUGCCGCGGGCCGGAUAAAUGAGUCCCUCGGGCCUUAUCCGGCCCACAGGCCUUAGUUUGGCGACGUCUGCUCCAGUUGUUGCUGAACAAUGACUCCCAUCGUCGCUGACCAUUCUGGCUGGGCCUAAUGGACACUGAAGCCACAUGGCAGCCAGAGAGCUGCAGGCUCCAUUUCUCUGGUCUGCACUGACUGGCAGCAACUCUCCACAGUCUGGGGUAGAGAGAAGAGUUUGCCAAGCCUGCUGCCUGAGAGAUUUCCAUGAGAGGUGCCCAGGAUUGAACUUGGGACCUUUUGUGCUCUGGCGCUAAACUACGACCCUCCAGAACAACAAGGAUGUGGAACCUGUGUCCCAUCCCCAGGUGUUGUUGGCCCAUCAUCCCUGACUAGAAAAGAUGAGAGAUGGAGGACCAUAGGUUCCCCAUCCUUGAUCUAGGCAUCCUUUAAUUGGUUGGUGACCUCACAUUGUUCACAGAUGAAUAUUAUGGGUCAUGGUUCUUCUCAACAUUUGUGAGAAUUACGUUGAAGUCUCUCAUUAACCUUUGUUGGGUUUUAGACCUUUAGAAAUUGGCAGUGUUGCCUCCUUUUUCAGGACGUUUGCAUCUCCCGUUUUGUUGCAGAACAGCCUUCCCCAAGCCUGUGCCCCCCUGAUGUUUUGGGACUGCAGCUGGCUGAUGGGAUCCAUAAUUCAAAGCCUCUGGAGGACACCAGCUUUGGGGAAGGCUAGUGUAGUGGUCGCAAGGGACGCGGGUGGCACUGUAGUCUAAACCACUGAGCUGCUUGGGCUUGCUGAUCAGAAGGUUGGUGGUUCGAAUCCCCGUGAUGGGGUGAGCUCCCAUUCGGUCCCAGCUCCUGCCAGCCUAGCAGUUCGAAAGCACGUCAAAGUGCAAGUAGAUAAAUAGGUCCUGCUCCGGCGGGAAGGUAAACGGCGUUUCCGUGCACUGCUCUGGUUUCAGUGUUCCGAUGCACCAGUAGCGGCUUAGUCAUGCUGGCCACAUGACCCAGAAAAAUUGUGGACAAACGCCAACUCCCUCGACCUGAAAAGUGAGAUGAGCGCUGCAACCCAGAGUCGUCUGUGACUGGACUUAACUGUCAGGGGUCCUUUACCUUUACCUAGUGUAGUGGUCAGGAUUUUGGACUAAGACUAGGGAGACUUUGGUUUAAAGCCCUGCCUAUACAGCCAUGAUGCUCUCAGACUGAUCUUUGAUCAGUUGCUGUCUCUCAGCCUGUCUUGCAGGGUUGUUGUAGGGAUGAAAUGGAUUGGUGGGUCCAGUUUCACCGCCUUUAUCUUCCUAGAGGGAGCAAUGGCAACACAAACAUGUUCUUGAAAAUAAAUAAAAGGUUAAGCAUCACCUCGUAACAGUCACUCUUCAAGCGCUUGUUGUUUCUUUGGAGUAUUUGUUAUCCACUUUUCAGGCACAAAGGCUCCCAGAGUGACCAGCAUACAGUCAUUUAAAAUGAGACAGUCCCUUCCUGCAGGUUUACAACCUUAAAAAACGCAGCACCCAAGGAAAACGGACGGGGAGGGUAGAGGAAAAAACAAAUUAAACUGGGGUGCAAGUUCCUAAACAGGCAUUACUUUUUUCUUUUUUUUUGCAGGAGCAGUUCCUGCAGGAGCGGAUCAAAGUGAAUGGGAAAGCUGGGAACCUUGGUGGCGGUGUGGUGACCAUCGAGAGAAGCAAAAGCAAAAUCACAGUCACCUCAGAGGUCCCUUUUUCCAAGAGGUAAGGAGCCACGCAGGGUUAAAAGACUGGGGUGGGGGUGGCUUUGACUUAAAGAGGCCUCUGGCCCUCUGGUGUUGUACAAUUGGCUGCAGGUGCAGGCUGAGAAAAGAGGAUCACCCAAUGAAGCUUAUGUGCUGCUUCAUACAAUACAUUUUACUCAUUGCCACAGGGAGUGUUGUUGACCACUAGCUUUCCUGCCUUUAAAAGGGGAUUCUUGGAGGAGGAGGGGAGAAAGCUAUUCAUAAGGACAAUUUAGAACAUCCAUCUUCAGAGAAAUCUUGCCUCUGAAUUACCAGUUGGUGAGGUGCAAUAGUGGAAGAGGGCUAUUUAUUUAUUUGUUUAUUUAAUUACUUCCCCACUUUACCAUAAGGAAUGUCUCUGGGCGAGAUGCAACAUUAAAAUACACAGUUACAGUGGUACCUCUGGUUGAGAGCAGGAUCCGUUCUGGAGGUCCGGCCGAGGUUUUCGCAACUGGAGGAGAAGCGGUAGACUGCUUCUGUGCAUGCGCACGCGGAGAAACACUUCUGGAUUUGCCGCUUUCGCUUACAUUACCCGAGGGUAACGUAACCCGAGGUUCUACUGUAUAUUUAAAAAGCCUUGAACCAAAGAAGUGUGAAAACAAUAUACAACAGUUAUAUAGAUAAAACAUUUCCAAUAAAAAUGUUAUCAUGCAGCUCCCGUUUGAGGAUUUGUAGUGUCGCAACACAAUCCUGGAUUUGUGUGAAGUCCAGGUGGGAUAGAAGAACAAAAGUGGUUUUAAAUAAUGGUGGAGGUUUGAGGAGAGCAGGGAUGGAGUAACACUGAGAGGAAUGAAUGAAUGAAUAUUUAUUUGCAUCAGCCACCAGCCAUAGCAAUAAAACAAACAGAAUGUGGUAUACAAAGAAUAAAGGUAAAAGGGCACUUAUAUAAAAUACAUUUUGAGGGUUUGGAUCAAUAGUCAAAUAAUGGAUCUUAUUCUAAUUGCCCCAGCUAAAAACCUUGCAACCUGAACACUGAGAGGAAAACAUGGAAGUUUCAGUAAAAUGAGCAGGUGGUGUCAUGGAGGGCGGGAUAGAGACAGUUUAAAACAAGGUUUGAGUACAGUGAGAAGGAGGGUUGGAAAGGCUCUGUUGUGCUGGUUUGUGGGGGGACUGAUAUUUUUAGGGGAAUGCAGGCCCUCCCAUUCCAUGUAUAAAUGAAGCCAAACCGCUCAUUUAACAGACUUGAAUAUAUUUUUUUCUUGGCUUGGGGUAUUGAAGAAUGCAAGCCCAUGAAAGCAGUUCCUUACCCCCUGGGUGUCCUACUGAGUCCUUCCUCUAAGCCUUGGAGAUUUCAGUCGGGGUCGUCAACUCACCUUCACACCCAGAAACAGGGAGUUGGAAAUGUGAUUUCUUAAAAAAUACAAUGAGAAGAAAGCUAAGGGUUUUUUGGGUUGCCCAGAUUUUACCCACAUUUGCAGAUACCAUGCCUUUUGUGGACCUUGGGCUGCUGCAUCCCCCAUCAGGCAACUGAGAUCCUGUUGCCGUUGACUCAGCUUGAGUUAUUUAAGCAGCUCGAGAACCGGGCAUGUGACUGACCCAGCAGACUCCAGUGGCGUCAUUUGGGGGCCGCAGUCAGUUUGCUUCCCUGCUUCUUUGUUCCUUCCGCAGAUACCUGAAGUACCUCACCAAGAAAUACCUGAAGAAGAACAACUUGCGCGACUGGCUCCGCGUGGUCGCCAACAGCAAGGAGAGCUAUGAGUUGCGAUAUUUCCAGAUCAACCAGGAUGAAGAGGAGGAGGAGGAAGAAGAUUAAACGCAAAGGAAUCUGGCAAUAUUUUGUACAUUCACUUUUCCUUCAAUAAAAUAUGGUGAAAGUUGUUAU